UUAACAAAGAUGCUCUCCGCAGUUUCGGAGGAAAAUAAUGUCAAGAAAAAGUUGGAAGUGGAGUGAUGCAAAUUUUUCAAGUUUACCAUCUCAUGAAAACAUUUUUGGCAUAACAACAACUCCACAAACAAACAUAUAUCUACACUCAAAAGUUGUAGACCCGAAUGGAUCUAAUAAGAUCGUGAUUGCAUCGUUAGCAGGGAGAAUUGUCGUCGUUGAAUAUCAUAGAAAUUUUGAUAACCUGAUUCCUUCUGCAAAAGAGAUCCAUUUUACAUACUUACCUGCUGAUGCAGAGCUCAUCUCACUAGAUGUAAUCAGCAAAUUCAACCAGGGAAAUGGAAUUAUUGUGGGCAUUACAUUUAUCAAGCAGAAACAAGGGAUAGAGGAUGGUGACAAUGCCUGUACUCAGUAUCUCAACAUCUAUUCUUCAUGUGAGCCAGGGGAGGAGUCACAUUUAGAAAGUAUUGCACAGGGAUGUGUAACAAUUGACUUGGAUUUUGUUCCAUAUCAGCUAACACACACACAAAUUGUGUCAGAAAAUAAAAAGGAAGAUGUAUUUCUUCUUGGUGGCAGUGACAACAGAGUUCAUAUAUACAAGGAGGGAUUUCAACACAGAUUUAUAGAGGAAGAUUCUGAUGAAUUUUUCCCAGAGUUUGAAGAUUUAAACAGCUGUGUCCAGUGGCUAGACAUUGAAUACUAUGAGUCAGACACCAGAAGACUGACCGCCAUGGGUCAUCAGAGUGGACUGGUGAAGCUGGCUGUGAUCGACGUAGCCAAAACAGUGGUUCUUCAUACAUUGGUAUCAGAACAUGACAGCCCCAUUACAAGUGUCAGGAUAUUUAACCCAGUUAAUGAUUUCUCACCACCGGCUUUCAUCAGAUCAGACAGUAUUCCCUCUCCUCAGGUAAAUGAAGUCCCAACAUUUCAUCUCCUAGUGGUCAGUGCUUUAUCACCUGCUGUGGUGCACAGAGAUGUUCUGAACAAGCACUUUAAGGACCGUCUAAUUUUACCUGGCAGUAAUUCCUAUGAUAUUCCUCUAUGUGUCUGUGUGAUGGAUGUAGAUUUUGAUGGACAGAAUGAACUCCUAGUUGGAACAUAUGGCCAGGAACUUUUGGCCUACAAGUUUGUAGAUUUUAACGAGGAAAGCAAACAGCUGGAGGAAAAUUAUGAUCAAAUCUCCAAAACAACAGACUCUCUGGACGAUACUCGUAAUCGUCACAAAUCUAGUGAAUGCAACCAUUCUAAUAACUUUGAUGAGGACUUGACAAAAGCCAAUCUUUCUCGUAAAACCAAAUCCCAGGAAAACAUUUCUACAGACUCCCAGUGCUGUGAGAACACCUGCCUAGUGAACAUGUAUAACAACGCUACCUACCCCUCCCCCCACCAGGCGGGGUACCAGCUCCUGUGGCAGAGGAGCUUCUCUUGUCCUGUGAUGGGGGUGGAUAGACUGGACAUUGUAGGAGAUGGCCUUGAUGACCUCAUUGUGGUCACUCUCAAAGGAGUCCAUAUUGUACAGCCUGAUUUGUUUGAUGUUGCAAAAGUGUGUUCAGAGAGACUGGAUUUGUUGGCCAAACUGGUACAAGAUUCAAAACUGGAAGAUAAAGAAACUUGAAACAAUGCACCUUAACUUGUUAAAAGCAUAUUCUGAAACUAUAACCGUGUUUUACUGUAAUG